GAUCAGGCACAUGUCAGGACAGCCAUGUUUACAGUAAUUUCCCAGCAUUCCGUUGCGCUUUCUUUUUCCGCCAUUGUUACAGUCACAGAGGAGGUGGCCUGAACCAGCCUACAGACUCGAGAUGCCUGGAAGACUUUGGAGCAAAGCCAUCUUCACCGGCUACAAGCGUGGCCUGAGGAACCAGCGUGAACACACCGCCCUCCUCAAGGUGGAGGGAUGCUACACUCGGGACGAGGUUGACUUCUACCUGGGCAAACGUUGCGCUUACGUCUACAAGGCCAAGAAGAAAACGGUGACACCAGGUGGUAAACCCAACAAGACCCGCGUCAUCUGGGGGAAGGUGACCCGCGCCCAUGGCAACAGUGGCAUGGUCCGAGCCAAGUUUAGCAGCAACCUGCCAGCCAAGGCCAUUGGACACCGAAUCAGAGUGAUGCUGUAUCCCUCUCGAGUGUGAGGAGGAAUGUAGCUCCGCCCCAUCAUCACAUGUACAGAAACAAUAAAUCAGCUGCAAACUGUC